CGGAAAUAUGGCCUCUGUAUUCAGAUUUUUGUUUUUAAAAUAACAUGGCCUUUUGAUCUUGUUUUCACGAGCUUAAUAUUAAAACAUGAUAGUUUUCGUACUUUUAUAAAAAAAAAAUAUUAGUUUUACGUUGACUUUUAUAAAAUGGGAAGAGUUUUCGUUUUAUAUAUUAGUGCAUUGUUUCAGUUGUUUAUAUUAGUUAAAGGUUCAAGUGUGACGGUUUACCAAGGCGAUAGUUUACCACAACAUGGACGAUGUGAACCGAUCACAAUACAAUUUUGUCAACAGUUAAGAUAUAAUCAAACAAUUUUUCCGAACUUGCUUAACCACGCCAAACAAGAAGAUGCUGGCCUUGAUGUCCAUCAAUACACACCACUUGUAAAAGUUAACUGUUCACCUGAUCUAAAAUUCUUUUUAUGUUCGGUGUAUGCUCCUGUUUGUACUAUUUUAAAUGAAACAAUACCGCCUUGUCGUCAUUUGUGUGAAUCGGCUAGACAUAACUGCGAGGAACUAUUAACACAUUUUGGAUUGAAUUGGCCAAAAGAUUUGGACUGUUUAAGGUUCCCAGUCGUAACUGAUGAAAAUGUUGUUUGUGUAGGAGAUAAUAAUGUUACUCAUGAAUCUAGAAAGACUUCUGUGUCUAAACUUCCUAAGGUUGACUAUAAAACUAACUAUGAAAGAGAUCCCACAAAAUUGCAUGGAGCCAAAAACAUAGGUUUUGUUUGCCCUGUGCAAUUUAAAAUACCGGAAAGUUUAGACUUAGAAUACUCUCUAAAAGUUGGGGAUAAAACUGAAUACAAUUGUGGAGCUCCUUGCAAUGGAAUGUUUUUCAGUGAAGAUGAAAAAAUAUUCGCCAGAUUAUGGAUUGGUAUUUGGGCUACACUGUGUGCAAUAAGUUGUUUAUUUACUGUUAUGACAUUUUUAAUAGAUACAGACCGAUUUCGAUAUCCAGAGAGGCCAAUAAUUUUCCUAUCAGUUUGCUAUCUUAUGGUUGCUGCUGCAUAUGUGAUGGGCUGGAGUGCUAAAGACAGUGUUUGUUGUCAAGGUCCAUUUCCUUCAACCAUUAGUGGUACAAGAUUACCAAAUGUCUCCGUUAUCACUCAAGGAACUAAACAUGAACCAUGUACAAUUCUUUUCAUGGUAGUUUAUUUCUUUAGUAUGGCUUCAAGUAUCUGGUGGGUAAUAUUAACUCUUACAUGGUUUCUGGCUGCGGGUCUCAAAUGGGGACAUGAAGCUAUUGAAGCAAACUCACAGUAUUUUCAUUUGGCUGCUUGGGCAGUACCCGCCAUCAAAACAAUAUCAAUUUUAGCUAUGGGCAAAGUGGAUGGUGAUAUUUUGUCAGGGGUGUGUUAUGUGGGACUGUGGGAUGCUGAAGCUCUUAGAGGAUUUGUGUUAGCGCCAUUAUGUGCAUAUUUAGUUUUGGGCACAAUAUUUUUGUUUGCUGGUUUUGUUUCACUUUUCCGAAUAAGAACUGUUAUGAAACAUGAUGGAACCAAAACUGACAAACUAGAAAAAUUAAUGAUAAGAAUUGGUAUUUUUGGAGUACUAUACACAGUUCCAGCUCUUAUAGUAAUUGCUUGUUUAUUUUAUGAACAAGCUCAUUUUGAUAGUUGGAUGGGAACUUGGCAUCGUGAUAUGUGCUCUACUCCACUAUACUCCAUACCAUGUCCAUUUACACAUCAAGAAACUGAAAGACCUAAAUUUGAAAUGUUUAUGAUAAAGUAUCUUAUGACAAUGAUUGUUGGAAUCACAUCAAGUUUUUGGAUUUGGUCUGGAAAGACUUUAGUAUCUUGGCACCAGUUUUUCGAUAGAAUAAAAGGCAGAAGAACUGAAGCAUAUGUAUGAUAAAUAAUGAUUCUUCAUUGGUUUUAAAGAAAGUUUUAAAACAUUUAAUUGCAAAUGUUGACUACAAUUAUUAAGUAUAAUACAUUCUAUACAUAAAAUAAUGAAGAUAGCAAUUAUUAAAACCAAUGCAACUUACAUAUUGACAAAGAAAGAAACUUUUCAGGUUUAGCUUCUUUUAACUUUCUAGUAAUAAAAGAAAUCUCAAGAUUGUCAAGGCUGAUAGUGUAAAUAUGUUCAUGAACUCCUAGUUGUAUAAAAGCUAAUUUUAAUAUGUUUUUGGUUGAGAAAUCUGAAUACAUAAUUAUUAACUCCAGGAAUAUAAAGCUAUAUCUUUACAUUUCAAACAUACAUCUUAAAAUAAAAAUAUUUAUGUGUCUAUUAAAACUAUGUAUUGCUAGUUGAAGUUCUAUAAUUCUUACAUAUCAUUUUUUUUGUCAAUCAAUAUGAUAAUCAUGUGUUCGAGUUUUGAAAUAGUAUUAAUAAUCAUGAUUUUUUAAUUACUUUAUGCUCGCCAUAUUCUUUACAUUAAUUAUACAAAACAUGGAAAGGUUGAAUUUUAUAAAAAGUUUUUGAAAUAAAUAAGGUAAAUAAAUAAGCACAAAUUCUGAUUGGUAAAUUUGUAAAACUAAUUAAGCUUAAGCCAUAUGUGUUAUAACUUUAAUGAUAUAUGUACUUAAAUCUCAAAUUUAAUAAUAAGGCUGAUAAUGUAUAUACACCGAAAUGAACUCUUAGAUUGUUAUAAUAGUAACAAGUAGCACUAUGCCUCAUAGAUGUAAGUGUUUAAUAAACAGUAUUUUUAUACAUAA